CUUCAUACUACAUCCGAGGCCGCUGCCGCUCCUGCUCUUUUUUUAAUUUCUUUGUUUCCAAUUCUUUUCUCCGACGAAAUCUAAUGGCCGGUAAAGGAGAAGGUCCCGCAAUCGGGAUCGAUUUGGGCACGACCUACUCCUGCGUUGGGGUGUGGCAGCAUGAUCGCGUUGAGAUCAUCGCCAACGACCAAGGUAACAGAACGACGCCUUCGUAUGUUGGAUUCACCGAUUCAGAACGUCUCAUCGGUGAUGCUGCCAAGAACCAGGUUGCGAUGAACCCCAUCAACACCGUUUUUGAUGCAAAGAGGUUGAUUGGUCGGAGGUUCACUGAUGCUUCUGUUCAGAGUGAUAUAAAAUUGUGGCCUUUUAAGGUUAUUCCCGGACCUGGUGAUAAGCCCAUGAUUGUUGUCAACUACAAGGGUGAGGAUAAGCAGUUCGCUGCUGAAGAGAUAUCCUCCAUGGUCCUCAUUAAGAUGCGUGAGAUUGCUGAGGCAUUCCUUGGUACCACAAUAAAAAAUGCUGUGGUGACUGUUCCUGCAUACUUCAAUGACUCUCAGCGCCAGGCUACCAAGGAUGCUGGUGUCAUUGCUGGUCUAAAUGUUAUGCGUAUCAUCAAUGAGCCCACUGCUGCAGCCAUUGCUUACGGUCUGGACAAGAAGGCAACAAGUGUUGGUGAAAAGAAUGUCUUGAUUUUUGAUCUUGGUGGUGGUACUUUUGAUGUCUCUCUUCUCACCAUAGAAGAGGGUAUCUUUGAGGUUAAGGCCACAGCUGGAGACACCCAUCUUGGUGGUGAAGAUUUUGAUAACAGAAUGGUGAACCACUUUGUUACGGAAUUCAAAAGAAAGCACAAGAAGGAUAUCACUGGCAACCCAAGAGCUCUGAGGAGGUUGAGAACUGCUUGUGAGAGGGCAAAGAGGACACUUUCUUCCACAGCUCAAACCACCAUUGAGAUUGACUCAUUGUACGAGGGUAUUGAUUUCUAUUCCACUGUUACUCGGGCAAGAUUUGAGGAGCUUAACAUGGAUCUUUUCAGAAAGUGUAUGGAACCAGUUGAGAAGUGUUUGAGGGAUGCUAAAAUGGAUAAAAGCACUGUCCAUGACGUUGUGCUGGUCGGUGGAUCCACUAGGAUUCCCAAGGUCCAGCAACUGUUGCAGGACUUCUUCAAUGGCAAGGAGCUCUGCAAGAGUAUUAACCCUGAUGAAGCUGUUGCUUAUGGUGCUGCAGUUCAAGCUGCAAUCUUGAGUGGUGAGGGCAAUGAGAAGGUGCAGGAUCUCCUUCUCUUGGAUGUUACUCCUCUCUCCCUCGGCUUGGAAACUGCUGGUGGUGUCAUGACUGUGUUGAUUCAACGAAACACGACCAUUCCCACCAAAAAGGAGCAGGUUUUCUCUACGUACUCAGACAACCAACCUGGAGUUUUAAUCCAGGUGUACGAAGGAGAGAGAACUAGGACCAGGGACAACAACUUGCUUGGGAAAUUUGAGCUGUCUGGCAUCCCUCCCGCACCAAGGGGCGUUCCACAGAUCACGGUGUGCUUUGACAUUGAUGCCAAUGGUAUCUUGAAUGUGUCUGCCGAGGACAAGACAACAGGUCAAAAGAACAAAAUCACCAUCACUAAUGACAAGGGUAGACUCUCAAAGGAGGAAAUUGAGAAGAUGGUUCAAGAGGCAGAGAAAUAUAAAUCUGAGGAUGAAGAGCACAAGAAAAAGGUGGAGGCCAAGAAUGCUCUUGAGAAUUAUGCUUAUAACAUGAGAAACACUGUUAAAGAUGACAAGAUAAGUGCAAAGCUUUCUCCUGAUGAGAAGAAAAAGAUUGAAGAUGCCAUUGAACAGGCCAUCCAAUGGCUGGAAAGCAACCAGCUUGCAGAGGCUGAUGAAUUUGAAGACAAGAUGAAGGAGUUGGAGAGCAUAUGCAAUCCCAUCAUUGCCAAGAUGUACCAGGGUGCUGGCCCAGAUAUGGGAGCUGGAAUGGAUGAAGAUGAUGCUCCAGCUGGUGGCAGCGGUGCUGGCCCAAAGAUUGAGGAGGUCGACUAAGGUGUAGUAGCCCUGGUCCGUAUGCUGGUUUAGCGUGUUAGGUUUGCACCUCUUUAUUUUUAGCUUGUCUUUAAAUUCAUGCUUUUACCGGGGAACACUUCUGUUAUUUUGGGCUUCGGAAUUGUUUUAAGUUGGAGUUGGUCCGAAGCUUAUUGUUUUGCUUGUCAUAGGAGUUUUAAGUCAUUUUUACCUGGAACGUUCUCCAUUUUCCGCUAUUAUGUCGAUUGUCUUUCGUGUUGGAUCUUUAAUCCAUCAAUUAUAUUCAUAUUACUAUUCAGCAUA